AUGCAGAGUCUUUUGGUAGCACUAAGCAAUAAUGCCAGAAUGUUUGGAAUGCGCUUCUCUCCCUCGAAAUGCAAGUUGUUGCUUCAGGACUGGUCUGCGUUAACACCUGAACUAAGGAUAGGGAGUGAAGUGGUCGAACGCGUCGACAACUUCACUUAUCUUGGAAGUCUGAUCAGCUUUAAUGGGUUGGUGUCUGACGAAAUCUCAGCACGGAUUCGAAAAGCUCGUUUGGCUUUUGUCAACUUACGUCACCUAUGGCGAAGGCGAGAUAUCCGUCUAUCAAUAAAAGGACGAGUAUACUGCGCGGCAGUCCGUUCUGUUUUGAUUUACGGCAGCGAAACAUGGCCAUUAAGAGUAGAAGAUACUCGUAAGCUACUAGUAUUUGACCACAGAUGCCUCAGAAACAUUUCUGGCGUCUG